UCCCCCUGCUUCUCUUUCUCUACCAUUCCAUUUUAAACGAACUUUUUCUUUUCUUCUUUUUUCUUUUUCUUUUUUUUUUUUGAGGUGCGCAUUAUAGAAUAUAGACCUCCUGAUUAGGAUCUGAUCCAAUCCGCUUCUUUUGCAUCUCACACAGACACACACAAAGAAAAAAAAAUUGUACUGCAACGUCGCCGUCGGAUUCCUUUUCUCCGACACCAUCACGCCGUCCGAUCUGUCCGAUACACUAUCAUGUGCUUCGCGUCCACCGCGCCUCCAUGCUCCGACGGUCCUCGAUUGGUCGUAGUCUCGAUCCGUCGUCGAUUCGAUUGGCUGCCGUUUCUCGUUAACUACUGUGGAUUCCCGCGGCGCUAAUCGCAGGUCGCGGAGAGAGAGCUGGCCGCGAUUCCUUCCUUGCCGUCUUCGUUUUGAUUCGCUAGAGGUUUCGGCGUUUCUUCUGAGAUUCGCUCUGAAUCGGAGGAUUAAAAAAAACGUUUCUGGUUUCGGUUUUGGUUUCGAUUCGUGUUUUGUUUCGUUUCGUUUCGUUCCGGAGAUUCGAAGUUGUUGAGUUGAGUUGAAGAGCUUCAAGUCUUCGAAUUUGUGUACUUGAAGUUCAGCUUUGUAAUUGAGAGGAGAGAGAGAGUGAGGAGAGAGAUAGAGUGCGUUUUUUUUUUUUUUUUGGUCUAUUUCCUUUUACGGUUUGGAUUUUGAGCUAUGGAGGAUCGAAGGGAGAGCAGGAUGAACGUUGGAAUGUCCGAUGUGGUGCUCGGCUGCGUAAUACCUUACAUCGACGACCCGAAGGACCGGGACGCGGUUUCGCUCGUCUGCAAGCGGUGGUACGACCUAGACGCUCUCACGCGCAAGCACGUCACGAUCGCGCUCUGCUACACGCCGACUCCUGAUCGGCUUCGGGGGUUCGGCCACCUGGAGUCGCUGAAACUCAAAGGAAAGCCUAGGGCUGCGAUGUUCAAUCUGAUACCGGAGGAUUGGGGCGGCUACGUCACGCCCUGGGUGAGGGCGAUUGCCGAGUCCUUCAAUUGCUUGAGGUCGCUUCACUUUCGGCGCAUGAUCGUCAGGGAUUCGGACCUCGAGCUCCUGGCUUCCACUCGCGGCCGCGUGCUUCAGGCGCUCAAGAUCGAUAAGUGUUCGGGGUUCUCCACUGAUGGUCUUUUCUUUAUCGGCCACUUCUGCAGGAAUUUAAAAACCUUGUUUCUGGAGGAGAGUUCAAUAAUUGAGAAAGAUGGUAAAUGGCUACAUGAGCUUGCUAUGAACAACACAGUUCUCGAGACUCUAAAUUUUUAUAUGACGUAUCUUACCGAAGUCAAAUUUGAGGACCUCGAACUCAUAGCCAGAAAUUGUCGCUCCUUGAAUUCUGUGAAGAUUAGUGAUUGUGAAAUCUUGGACCUAGUAGAUUUCUUUCGGGCUGCAGUCGUAUUAGAAGAAUUUUGUGGGGGUUCCUUCAAUGAGCAGCCGGAGAAGUAUUCUGCUGUAUCUUUACCCCAAAAAUUGUGCCGUUUGGGUCCAACUUACAUGGGGAAGAAUGAAAUGCCAAUAGUAUUCCCAUUUGCUUCCCUACUUAAAAAGUUGGACCUUCUCUAUGCCUUGCUCGAUACGGAGGACCAUUGUACGUUAAUUCAAAGGUGUCCGAACCUGGAAGUUCUUGAGACGAGGAAUGUCAUUGGAGAUAGAGGAAUGGAAGUUCUCUCUCGGUGUUGCAAGAGACUAAAGAGGCUCAGAAUUGAGCGAGGUGACGAUGAGCAAGGCAUGGAGGAUGAAGGAGGCCUUGUUUCACAAAGGGGUUUGAUUGCUUUGGCUCAGGGCUGUCUUGAACUUGAAUACUUGGCCAUUUAUGUAUCCGACAUUACAAACUCAUCACUAGAAUGCAUGGGUACUUACUCUAAGAAUCUUUGUGACUUUCGUUUAGUCCUUCUUGACAGAGAAGAUCGGAUAACGGACUUACCGCUUGACAAUGGAGUUCGAGCUCUUUUGAGGGGUUGUGAAAAGCUAAGAAGAUUCGCUCUGUAUCUUCGACCCGGGGGCUUGACCGAUGUGGGUCUUGGUUACAUUGGCCAGCACAGUCAGCAUGUGAGGUGGAUGCUUCUGGGUUAUGUGGGGGAGUCUGAUGCAGGGCUUUUGGAGUUCUCUAGGGGAUGUCCUAGCCUGCAAAAACUCGAGAUGAGGGGCUGCUGCUUCAGUGAGCAGGCGCUUGCUGCUGCAGUGAUGCAGCUGACUUCCCUGAGGUAUUUGUGGGUGCAGGGCUAUAGAGCAUCAGCAGCUGCACCUGGUCGCGAUCUUUUAGCGAUGGUGCGCCCAUUUUGGAACAUCGAGUUGAUCCCUUCAAGACGUGUUGUCGAUCCUUCUCAGAUUGGGGAAGCUGUGAUGGUGGAGCACCCGGCUCACAUACUUGCGUACUACUCCCUCGCAGGACAAAGAACAGAUUUUCCAGGCACUGUUACUCCCUUGGACCCAGAAGCCUUACACGAGUAAAGCUGUACAUACAACUUUUUCAUUUCUUUCCUUUUCCCUCCCUCAAAGAAGU